UCAAUCUCCACCGAGAGCACAUUUUUUUUUAAACUAAAGCUUAGUGUCCGACUGACGUUUCGGUUAAUCUUGACCAUAUUUGGAGCUGUACUAGGAUCUGCUCAGUAUGGAUACAACCUUGGUGUUAUUAACUCCCCUGAAUUACUGAUCAAAGAGUUUAUCAAGGAGAGCAUCUUCAGAAGAUACGGGACCCAGUUGACGGACAACACUGUAAGGAUACUGUGGGCUCUGACUGUCUCCAUAUUUGCGGUUGGUGGCUGCUGUGGUGGUCUUCUGGCUAGACGUGUUGCUACACAAUUUGGAAGAAAACGUGGCUGUCUGUUGAACGUCUGCCUGGGCGUAGUGGCAUCCUUCCUAAUGUUCCUUAGCAGAAGAGUUGAUUCUAUAGAAGCGGUUGUGGUUGCUAGAUUCAUCUUUGGCUGCCACUGUGGAGCCUACAAUGGGCUCGUGCCUAUGUACCUCUCCGAGAUCAGCAAGUCCAGUACACGAGGAGGGAUAGGCGUGGUGCAUCAAGUAGGCAUCGUUGUUGGAUUGCUUUCCUCUCAGCUUCUGGCUUUUCCUGAUGUGUUUGGCACCAGUGAUAAGUGGGAUAUCUUGUUAGGUCUGGCAAUCGUGCCUUGCUUGUUACAAGCAGCAAUUCUGCCUUUCUGUCCGGAGAGCCCGCGAUUUUUGCUCAUCAACAAGGGUGAUGAAAAACAGUGUAAUGAAGCCUUACAGACCCUCAGAGGUCAGGAAGAUGUUGAACUGGAAAUGCUGGAAAUCAAACAAGAGAUGUCUUCCUGUGGUCAACAGGUCUCAGUACUGAACUUAUUUCGAAAAGCACACUUACGACGCCCGACGAUGAUUGCGAUCAUCUUGCAGUUUUCUCUACAGUUUUCUGGCAUCGGAGGUAUAUUUUUCUAUUCCACAAGUUUGUUUAAAGUCAUCAGUGGUUCUCAAACUAUUGCCACGUACACCACAGGAGCCGUUGGCGGUGUUAUGUUGAUGACGUCUAUAGUAUCCAUUCCGUUGAUGGAUAAGUUGGGAAGACGGACAUCGCAGCUGAUAGGACUCGCUGGCAUGGCUGUAUGUGGUGUCAUGAUUACAGUAUCGUUGAGAUUUCUGGAGCAAAUAAGCUGGCUCAACGUUGCAAGUAUCGUAUGCGUUCUGUCAUAUGUCAUAUUCUUCACGCUUGGCCCCG